UUUUAGGACUAGCUAUGGAGGUGAAGGAGGUACGCUGUACUCUAGAACUUUCUUUGUACAACAUACUGCUAAGUGCCGUAUUCGUCUUUCUCUUCGCUUUGUCAUUGCUUGGCAAUUCGCUAGUCAUAUUCACUAUUUUGUCAAAAACACACAGAACUCGAUCGAUAACGAACUUUUAUCUGUUGAAUUUAGCAGUAGCUGACCUGCUCAGAAGCGUUGUUUGUAUGCCGCUCACACUGCUUAGCGAAAUUACUAGGUGCUGGCUUCUUGGACCAGUAAUGUGCAAAGCUGUAGCAUAUCUUCAACCGGUUGGCGUCUGUGCUUCUGCCUACACUUUGGCCGUGAUUGCGGUUGAACGAUACUAUGCAAUCUGUCGACCAUUACAUUCCCGAAAAUGGAGGACGAAGAAGCGGGCGCUUUUUACCAUCUCAAUGGUGUGGGCUUUUUCGUUCGCCUGCAACAUCGGCUCAUUAAUCAUCUUUGACUCUCCACACAAAACAGUGUGUGACACAACGAAGGGACCAUUGUUCAGCUUUUUCUAUCAACUUUAUGUUACUUUGGUCCUACUCUUCAUCCCGCUCUGUGCGAUGAUCAGCCUUUACGGCCAUGUAAUCUACACCCUCUCAACAGCCGUGGUCAGCGACAACCCGUCCAUGCCGCAAUCGCUCAUCCAAACAGAUUUGCCCAUGACAACUUUCUCAGAGUGGCUGUUCUCUUCGGUUUCACGUGUGCCAAGCUUCAAUGGGCUGAAUGUUAAGGAAAAAUCAAAAGAACACUCGCUGUCAAUUUGCGAUACGAAGAAAAAUUCUAUAUCCAUAUCUCGACCAUCUUCUCGUCUCAUGUCCAUCAAUACUUUGUUUGGAACACCUAGGAGCAGUUUUGAUACUUCUAUGUUACUUCGCAGCACUAAUCAGGAAAAGAUUUUGACGGCAAAGAAAAAAGUUACACGAAUGUUGAUAACGAUAGUUGUGGCAUUUGCUGCCUGCUGGUUGCCAAAUCAUCUUUGGUGGCUGCUCGUUAGGGCUUCUGAUCUUGCGGGUUAUCCUAUAUGGCAUUCGGGACUCAAUAUGGCACUCGUAAUACUUACGUAUAUCUCUUCGACAACAAAUCCGGUGACGUAUUGUUUUAUGAAUAAAGGCUUCCGGACAUCAGUGCUGUCAUAUUGUAAGCGGAAGAGAACGAGAAGCUGCUCAGCAAUGAAUUCACGACGUUCGCCAACUAAAGAUGUUGUUAGGGACACUGCCAAUACGAUUCCUAUGAUCAAGGUAAUAGUGAAGACAAUUUUCAUACAUGGAAUGAGUCCUGAUGAGGAGAAAUCUAUUAUGAGCGAAGUGAAAUUACUGCAAAAGAUGCAUCAUCCGAUGAUAAUUGGUUAUUAUGAUUACUUCGUGUUCGAGAACCAGCUUGCUAUUGUGAUGCAAUAUGCUGAAGGCGGCACGAUGGAAAAACUUGUACAGGAGCAAAAAGUUUCAGGAGUGAAUUUUCCGGAAGCGACGGUACUCAACUACUUUACGCAGAUUCUCAUUGCGCUCAAUCAUAUACACUCGAAGCAAAUUGUGCAUAGAGAUCUCAAGACACAAAAUAUCUUAUUGAACAGAAAGAAGACGCUAGUAAAAUUAUCCGAUUUUGGGAUUUCCAAAGAGCUUACCACUAGGAGUCUUGCGUCAACUGUUAUAGGAACACCUAACUAUCUUAGCCCUGAAAUCUGUGAAGGCAGAGCAUACAAUCAAAAAAGUGAUCUUUGGUCACUUGGAUGUGUUUUAUACGAGCUAUUGGAGCUAAAAAGAGCAUUUGAUGGUGAAAACUUACCAGCUAUAGUGAUGAAAAUUACCAAGUGUGCAUAUCCAAAAAUUGGAAGCCACGCUUCUGCACAAAUCAAAGGUCUUGUAGAUACUUUGUUACAGUUGAAUGAGAAGAAAAGGCCGGAUACUAAAGAGCUGCUGACCUGUCCAUUAAUUUUGCCAAUAACUUUGACUUUACAUCUUGAUAUUGGCAGGCUAUCCUUCCCACAAAAUGAUAAGAGAAAACCAUCAGCAAGUGGACGUUUACGCACAACACCAACCUCUUUAACUUUGAAAACCGGACAACAGUCAGUAAAGAUACAAGAAGACACAAGAAGAACCUUAUUGCGAUGAGUGACGGACAUAUGGUACUGAUGAGGAAGAAUAAAUAUUGCGGAUCACUAAACAGGCAAAUUCAAUCAAGAUAAAUAAUUCCCAGAGCCAACUAGGCAAAUGACGUUGUUACUUUUGUCUCGAUA